AUGCCGCGCACCUCCUCCAGACAAACCUGCCUGCCCCGGGGGCAGGUCGGCAUCCAAAGCUUUGCAAGAGCGACCAAGUCUAUCUCGACACUACACAAUCCUGCAGUUGCAGAAACGAAGAAACUCGCAGCAACAGCAGCAGUAGCGGUAGUAACAGCACCAACCGCCCUCCCCGUCUCGCCUUCCAAGAAGAGAAAACUGAACGAGCUCGAGAAUGUCGACUGCGGCCACCGGGGAAAGACACAAUCCAUUCCUGAGGAAAAGGAAACUGCCGCCACGCCCUCAAAGACCCUCCGGUUUAGUCAGCUGUGCGUCUCGACGCCGCGGAGUGGCCACUACGCCUCCUCGAAACCCGAUCCUUCGUCCUCUGGUGUUGGCGUUGGUGCGCGCGAAAAACUUGUCCCUGCGUCCCCGACCAAGCGCGGUGGCGCGGCCGUGAGAAAAGCAAAACGAUGCAGCGAGCCGGUCGUGGUAGUUGCGGAUCGCCCGGCCUGCGUGGAGGAAGUGCUGGGCUUGCAUUCGGCGUUCCUGCGGGCGCUCUCCAUCCACUCGGCACACAAUGGGACGAACACCCCGGCGGAUCUGAGGGAGUUCCUGCGGAGUAUGGAGCGCGUGUGGAAGAAGCGGAAGGUCGUGGUCAAGGAUCUGCAGCGCCUGCUGUGGGUUUGCGAGCAGGCGUCGGAAUCGACGGGGCCGCGGUAUCGGCUGGCGAACUAUGGGUUGGGGAAGGUGUGUCUGGAGCGGGUGGCGUGCGAGGGAUCCUGGAUGGAGGAGUUUGACGAGAAGGAGGCGCAGGAGCGCAUGGAGCAGACGCUGGAUCUGCUCUGGGAGAAGGCUUUGGAUGCGGUUGGUGGGGAUGAGAGCCGGGUGGAGUUCUUCGAGACGCUGGGCGUUUCCCCCGUGCAUGAGUCGCUUACGCCGUUUACUGCGUUCCGGAAGGGGCAGCAGCGGCUGCAGGAUUUGAGGGGGGGAGUGAUUAAGGUGAAGACUGAGAAGCUCCGGGCAGAUGUACAGGACGAUGCUCCGGCCAAACCACUCGAUGCGACGACCACCCGCCGGAAGGGCCUGCUGGAGCGCAUCAAGAGCAAGGAACUCCUGCAGUCGAAACUGCCGCCUCCGCCGUCGAAGGAUAUGCUUCUUCGUCGUGCGGCUGCAGAACGUGUUGAGGAGGUCGUUGCUGUGCUGGCCCUGCUGAGGCCGGUGGGAUACGUGGGCAGCGGGCCGAAGACGGUACUGGCGGCGCAAAGGAAGCCUUUCCAGAUGAAGAUGGUUGUGCAGAAUGUUCAGGAUUCUCUUCGCAACCCCAUCUCGGCUAAGGAGGUGGAAAUCUGCCUAGAGUUGUUGGCUCGACCCGACGUUGCUGGACAAUGGAUCGAAGUCGUCGCCGUGAAUCAAGCCAAAUCCGUGGUCUUGAAAUCCUGUGCCACUGUCCACCCGAAAGAGAUUGGUAGCAAGGUAUGCCAGUUGAAGUUGGAUUAG